AUGGUAAACUCGUACGAAUCCGUAAAGCAGCAAGCGCAAUCAAUAAGUCUGCCAGGUACAAGCUUCUCUACCGAACCGGACUACGGAUCUUCGUCGAAUGUCAACAAGAUUCAACAGCUAUCACGAACCGAAUGCACUCGAUGUGGUCGGAUUGGUCACAUGGCGAACGAUUUUAAAUGCCCAGCACGAUCCAGGGAAUGUAUCAAAUGCAAACGUAUUGGGCAUUUUGCCGCACAAUGUCGAUCGAUCCCGGCAACUAAGCGCAAACAGUUCUCUAAGGCUGAAUCGAGAUGGCCGAAUAAAAGGUUUAAAUCGGAGCAAGUAAACAAGAUUGACACCGAUGGUGCCAAGGAAGAAACUACCUUCUUGUUCAGUAUCAGCGACGGAGGCGAAACAAUUCAGAUCAAGCUUGGAGGAGUUGUAUUGCAGGUACUGAUAGAUUCUGGGUGUAAGAAAAACAUUGUCGAUGAGCGCUCUUGGAACUACAUCAAAGCGAACGGAGCGAAAAUAUGGAACCAAAGAAAGAAUUGUGAUGAAAUAUUUCUACCAUACGGGGAAAAUGCGAAACCGUUGACUCUUUUGGGAAGGUUCGGUGCGACGGUUUCCAUAGCCGACGGAGCGAAAAUUUUAGAACUGGUCUCUACAUUCUAUGUGGUCAAGGGUGGUCAGCAAUGUUUAUUAGGCCGCAUCACAGCCACAGAUUUGGGCGUGUUGUUUAUCGGGUUGCCGAGCACUCACGGAAUCAACGCAAUCACUAAUACCGGAGCUCAUCCGUUCCCUAAAAUUAAAGGUAUUCAGGUAAAAAUACCAAUCGAUGAAUCUGUUCCGCCUGUUUGCCAACAACCAAGGCGGCCUCCUAUCGCGCUCAUGGUAAAAAUUGAAGAUAAGAUAAACUCUCUGCUUGCUAAUGAUAUUAAUGAGACAGUUGAAGGCGGCUGUCAGUGGGUCUCUCCGUUGGUAACCGUAGUGAAGGACAAUGGGGAUCUACGUUUAUGCGUGGAUAUGCGCAGAGCGAAUGCAGCAAUCAUUCGUGAACGACACAUUAUGCCAACGAUAGAAGAUUUUCUAUCAAGAUUUACGUCUUCAAAGUGGUUUAGCCGGCUUCAUUUGAGAACUAGGGUUAUCGCCGAUGCUUCUCCGGUGGCUCUCGGAGCCGUUCUUAUACAGUUCGAAGGUUCUACCGAUGUUGACCCCCGUCCGAUUGCUUACGCCAGUAAAAGUUUAACGACCACAGAAAAGCGUUAUUGUCAGACGGAAAAGGAAGCUCUUGCGCUGGUCUGGGCAGUGGAGAGGUUUUCCGUCUAUCUUAUUGGACACAGGUUUGAGCUUGAAACGGAUCAUAAACCACUGGAAGCGAUUUUCAAGCCAACAGCUAGGCCAUGUUCGAGAAUUGAACGAUGGGUACUAAGGCUGCAGGCGUUUACAUUUGAGGUCAAGUAUCGUAAAGGUACAAGCAAUAUAGCGGAUCCACUAUCACGAUUGGUUGAUGAACAUUCACCUGAAGAGUUUGACGCUGAGAGUAAAUUUAUGGUAUUAGCAAUUAUGGAAUCAGCAGCAGUUGAUAUUCACCAACUCCAAAAAUUAUCUGGCACGGACGUUACGUUAGAGGCGGUGAAACGCAGUCUUCAAACCGGAAACUGGGAAACUCAACUAGUUAAAUCUUUCACUCCUUUCAAGAACGAACUAGGACUUAUAAGAGACUUAGUUGUCCGCGGGAAUAAACUAGUUAUACCUGAUUGUCUGAAAACACGUAUGCUGGAACUUGCCCAUGAAGGUCACCCGGGAGAAUCGGUGAUAAAACGACGACUGCGUGACCGGGUUUGGUGGCCUGGAAUGGAUCGAGAUGCAGAGAAGCAGGUUAAAUCGUGCGAAGGUUGUAGAUUGGUGAGUCUACCAGCUAGGCCAGAGCCAAUGAUUCGGCGUGAGAUGCCCUCCAAGCCGUGGGUGGAGGUGGCCAUAGAUUUUCUCGGACCCAUGCCAUGUGGAACCUACUUGCUUGUUGUUAUCGACUAUUAUAGUCGAUACAAGGAAGUGCAAACAAUGACAAGAAUAACAGCAAAAGAAACUGUAGAAAGACUAGACAGAAUAUUCAGCCGCCUUGGAUAUCCACAAUCAAUUACAUUGGACAACGCGAAGCAGUUCGUGGGCAUAGAAUUGGAUGAAUACAGCAAAAUAGAAGGAAUUAUUCUCAGGCAUUCAACCCCCUAUUGGCCGCAAGAGAACGGAUUAGUAGAGCGCCAAAACCGGUCCCUGCUGAAACGCCUUCAGAUUAGCAACGCACUCGGCAGAAACUGGUGGCAGGAUCUUCGCGACUACUUGCUGAUGUGCUAUACUACGCCUCAUUCAAUCACCGGUAAAACCCCCACUGAAUUUUUAUACGGUAGAACGAUUCGAUCUAAAAUACCUGCACUGGAAGACAUUGAAAACACACCAGUUGAUGAGGAUGUACGUGACAGAGACAAGUUACUGAAGGAGAAAGGAAAGCUGGCAGAAGACCUCUGA